GCAGCGCGGGCGGCGGCCCCUCCCCUCCCCCUGCCGCCUCCCGCCGCCGCCGCGGAGAGCGCAGGGAGCAGCCGGGGGCUCGGCGGCGUCUGGCCCCUGCUCCUCCUCCUCCGUCUCCUCCUCGCUCCCUCCAUCGGCCGUGGGGAUGGCCCGUCGCUGGAGCACAAAAGAGUCUCCGCGGUGGAGGUCGGCGUUGCUCCUGCUCUGCCUCGCUGGGAUGUGCGGUAAUGGUACUGUUGCAGAACAUUCUGAAAAUGUGCAUAUUUCAGGAGUGUCAACUGCUUGUGGAGAGACUCCAGAACAAAUUCGAGCACCAAGUGGUAUAAUCACAAGCCCAGGCUGGCCUUCUGAAUAUCCUUCCAAAAUCAACUGUAGCUGGUUCAUAAGAGCAAACCCAGGGGAAAUCAUUACUAUAAGUUUUCAGGAUUUUGAUAUUCAAGGUUCUAGAAGAUGCAGUUUGGAUUGGUUGACAAUAGAAACGUACAAGAAUACGGAAAGUUACAGAGCUUGUGGUUCCACGAUUCCACCUCCGUACAUCUCUUCCCAAGACCACGUCUGGAUCAGGUUCCAUUCAGAUGACAGCAUUUCCAGAAAAGGUUUCAGACUGGCAUAUUUUUCAGGAAAGUCUGAGGAACCAAACUGUGCUUGUGACCAGUUUCAUUGUGGUAACGGAAAGUGUAUUCCUGAAGCUUGGAGAUGUAAUAACAUGGACGAGUGUGGAGACAGCUCUGAUGAAGAGAUCUGUGCCAAAGAGGCGAACCCUCCAACAGCUGCUGCUUUUCAACCCUGCGCUUACAAUCAGUUCCAGUGUCUGUCCCGCUUCACCAAAGUUUACACCUGCCUCCCCGAGUCUCUGAAAUGUGAUGGGAACAUUGACUGCCUUGACCUGGGAGACGAGAUAGACUGCGAUGUGCCAACUUGUGGACAGUGGUUAAAGUAUUUUUAUGGAACUUUUAAUUCUCCUAAUUACCCAGACUUUUAUCCUCCUGGAAGCAAUUGCACCUGGUUAAUAGACACUGGUGAUCAUCGCAAAGUCAUUUUACGCUUCACUGACUUUAAACUGGAUGGCACUGGUUAUGGUGAUUACGUCAAGAUUUAUGAUGGGUUAGAGGAGAAUCCACACAAGCUUUUGCGUGUACUAACUGCCUUUGAUUCUCAUGCACCCCUUACAGUUGUUUCUUCUUCUGGACAGAUAAGGGUGCAUUUUUGUGCUGAUAAAGUGAAUGCUGCAAGAGGAUUUAAUGCUACUUAUCAAGUAGAUGGCUUUUGUUUGCCAUGGGAGAUACCCUGCGGAGGUAACUGGGGGUGUUACACUGAGCAGCAACGAUGUGAUGGCUAUUGGCAUUGCCCAAAUGGAAGAGAUGAGAUCAACUGUACCAUGUGCCAGAAAGAAGAAUUUCCAUGUUCUCGAAAUGGAGUCUGUUAUCCCCGUUCUGAUCGCUGCAACUACCAAAACCAUUGUCCAAAUGGCUCAGAUGAAAAAAACUGCUUUUUUUGCCAGCCAGGAAAUUUUCAUUGUAAAAACAAUCGCUGUGUAUUUGAGAGCUGGGUGUGUGAUUCUCAGGAUGACUGUGGGGAUGGCAGCGAUGAGGAAAACUGCCCGGUAAUUGUGCCAACCAGGGUCAUAACCGCAGCCGUCAUAGGGAGCCUUAUCUGUGGCCUGUUGCUCGUCAUUGCUUUGGGAUGUACUUGUAAGCUUUAUUCUCUGAGAAUGUUUGAACGAAGAUCAUUUGAAACACAGUUGUCAAGAGUGGAAGCAGAAUUGUUGAGAAGAGAAGCUCCUCCUUCCUAUGGGCAGUUGAUUGCUCAGGGUUUAAUUCCACCAGUGGAAGAUUUUCCUGUUUGUUCACCUAAUCAGGCAUCUGUGCUGGAAAAUCUGAGGCUUGCCGUACGAUCUCAGCUUGGAUUUACUUCGAUCAGGCUUCCUAUGGCAGGCAGGUCCAGCAACAUUUGGAAUCGGAUUUUUAAUUUUGCAAGAUCUCGUCAUUCAGGGUCACUGGCUUUGGUCUCGGCAGAUGGAGAUGAGGUUGUCACUAGUCAGAGUACCAGCAGAGAAACUGAAAGAAAUCACACACACAGAAGUUUGUUUUCUGUGGAGUCUGACGACACCGAUGCAGAGAAUGAGAGAAGAGAUACAGCGGGAGCAUCUGGCGGGGUUGCAGCUCCUUUGCCGCAGAAAGUCCCUCCCACAACAGCAGUAGAAGCAACAGUGGGAGCAUGUGGAAAUUCAUCAGCUCAGAGUGCCCGAGGUGGCCAUCCAGAAAACGGAAGGGAUGUGGCAAGUGUGGAACCACCAAGUGUGAGUCCAGCACGUCACCAGCUUAGCAGUGCGCUAAGUCGUGUGACUCAGGGCCUGCGUUGGGUACGAUUUACAUUAGGGCGAUCAAGUUCCAUUAAUCAAAACCAGAGUCCUUUGAGACAACUUGAUAAUGGGGUCAAUGGAAGAGAAGAAGAUGAUGAUGUUGAGAUGCUGAUUCCCGUUUCUGAUGGAGCUUCAGACAUUGAUGGGAAUGACUGCUCCAGACCUCUUCUUGAUCUUGCCUCAGAUCAAGGACCAGGGCUUAGACAACCAUAUAGUGCAACAAACCCUGGUAGUGUGAGGCCCAGCAGUCGAGACGGCCCCUGUGAGCGCUGUGGAAUUGUCCACACUGCCCAGAUUCCAGACACUUGCUUAGAAGCAACACUGAAAAAUGAAACGAGUGAUGACGAGGCUUUGUUACUUUGUUAGGUACGAAUCACAUAAGGGAGAUUGUAUUCAAGUUGGAGCAAUAUCCAUUCAUUAUUUUGUAACUUUACAGUUGUACUAGUUUUAGUUUAAAAAGAAAAAACAAAUGCAGGGUGAUUUCUUAUUUAUAUGUUAGCCUGCAUGGUUAAAUUAAACAACUCAUAACUCAGAGUUUAGAGUUUCCUGUUUUUAGCAGCUACAAAUAUAUUAUGUAUUCAUUUUGUUCCAUAAUAUUCUUCCAGUGGCUUUCCAUUGUUUUUAUCCUGGUACUGUAGUUCACUGUAAAAAUGUGGCUGCUAACCUCAUUUAUUUGACUGUUGUUUUGUCUUCAUGUGUUAGAAAGUUUGUACAAAAUAAUGUCUUCUUUUAAUUGAACGUUUUAUGCUUUUGCCAACACAUAACUUAUGCUACAUAUAAAGGUUGUUAGUGUGCAAAAAAAGCAAACCCUUAUACUCACCUAUGUUUUUAUUUCAAACAUUUGUCUGUUACUGGAUUUCACCAUAAUAUGAGCUUUUCAACAGGAAAAAAAAUUUGUCUCUUAUGUUUGGAGACAAAUGUCUCCAAAUUUGUCUCUUAUGUUUAACAUGCAGUGAUGUGAAAUUUAGGUGAAGCUAGAUAAAUUACUGCAAAAACAAAGCUCUUUUAUAGAUUUUCUAAUGUUGACUUUAAUACUAAAACAUGGUACAAACCAAAUGGUAAAAUUCUAACUCAUUUUUUUUUCAUCUGU